AUGGCCCCCAAUCCGUUAUGUCUCGUAUGGCGCGAGCAGAUCAUAGGUGAGAUCCCUCUCCCCACUCCUGCUGCUGCGUGGCGUAGCAACUCGACGACGGCUUACACGGAAAAUCUAGAUAACCUCCGUCUGAUCUCGGGCCGCAGUGCCACGGUCGACAUCUACACUUCACGCCACCCUAACAAGUCGUACACCAUCUACGCCGUCAAGGUCCACCGCGGCAAGCGUCAGGAGAUUCUUUCAGCGACGGGCCGCGACCUCGAGGAUGCCUUCGAGAACCUCCACACCAAGUCCUCGCAGGAGGUGUACCAGUUCAUCGACGCCAACGGCUUCUCGUUCCCCCGCGGAGUGAAGACCGUCUCUGGCCACCGAGACGGCGAAGAGUCCGAAUCCUCCGGCAGCGAGGCAUCAACCGUCGACGCCUCAGACGUGCUGUCCCUGUCAGCCGUCUCUUCUGAUAGUGAAGACGACAACGUUAGAAGGGGCAAGAAGACUAAAUCUUCCUCUCGCCGCAAAAGCAAGCGCACGUCCAAGAAGAACUCCAAGAACCACGACUCUUCUUCGUCAUCUGAGGAAGAAGAAGAAGAGGUAGAAAGUGACUCCGAGCCUGAAGUUUCUCCCCGGAGACGCCACGCUGCUGUUGCCCCUGUCACACGCCAGUCCUACAUCCCUGCGCCGCCUGUCGCAGUCUCGCAACCUCCUCCUCCUCCUCCGGGCUGGAGAGGCCCGCCAACGCGCGUGCAUCCCCGCGCACCCGCGGCUGGGUCGCCGCCGCCGCCCCCACUGCCUAGCUUCCCACCCGGCAUGCGCCCACCUCACCACCAAGGCCUUUCUGCACCCGCCGUCCCAGGCGUUUCCUCGGCGCCUUUCAAGCCCGUCCGCCUCAUAAUCAAGUGGCGCGGCCAUGGCGAGAAGAAAGUCAUCGAGCACUGCACGCCGAGCCAACGUGCGCUGCAGCGGACGGCGCUCGCCCAUGUGCGGUCGCACUGGCAGACGUUUGAGAACGUGCUCCCGCAGGAGAUGACUCCCGGCCGGCUGUGGGGGUUGGGCGCUAAGGUGAGGCGCGUGGCGCUGGGCAAGGACAUGUACGCCAUCUCAGCGGCGGGAGGGGACGAUUUGGCCAUGUACUUCAAAGCCGAGGAUAUCCCCAAGUUUGAGAUCGAGGUCGAUCACGAUGGGAGCAUCAUGCCGCCUCCGCCGCCGCCGCAGCCUCACUCACAGCAUUAG